GCCGCAGGCCGGCGCAUGCGCGCAUCCGCCUGGCGCGCGUGGUCCCCCCCCAGGCUGCCGAGCUACCGGCUUUAGCAGUGUUGUUGGCAUGCUGUGGCGCUCGGGUCCCGGAUGGCUUCGGUCACUGCCCACCUGGCGGCUCCGGGCACGGGGACUGCAGCCCGGCGGGAGUAACGCGCGACUCCCUGCCCUCCCGGUAUGGGCGGCAGCGUCGGUGUCGGCGGCCGUCCCCGGCGGAUGGUACGAGGCCCUGGCAGCGUCGGUGCCCGUGCGCGCGGCGGAGGAAGUGCUGCUAGGCGCGCACGCCGCCUCGGGACUCCCCUGGUGGGGCAGCAUCAUGCUUAGCACCGUGGCCCUGCGCGGCGCUGUCACGUUGCCUCUGGCCGCCUAUCAGCACUACAUCCUGGCUAAGGUGGAAAACUUGCAACCAGAAGUAAAAAACAUCGCCAAGCACCUUAACCAAGAAGUUGCAGUUCGUGCACGUCAGUUUGGUUGGUCCAAGAGAGUUGCCAGGCUCACUUAUCUAAAGAACAUGCGGAGGCUUGUUUCAGACCUGUAUGUUCGUGACAACUGCCAUCCUUUCAAAGCCACUGUGUUAGUCUGGGUCCAGCUUCCAAUGUGGAUCUUCAUAUCCGUUGCCCUCCGAAACUUUAGCACAGGGGCUGCACACUCAGAAGGUGUUUCUGUUCAGGAGCAGUUAGCUGCUGGUGGGGUCCUGUGGUUUCCUGACCUCACUGCAGUGGAUUCUACUUGGAUUCUGCCUGUCUCUGUUGGUGUUGUCAAUUUACUAAUAGUGGAGAUUUUGGCUCUCCAAAAGCUUGGAAUGUCUCGUUUUCAAAUGUAUGUUACACACUUUGUCCGAGCGAUAUCUGUGCUGAUGAUCCCGGUUGCUGCAACAGUCCCUUCUGUAGGUCAGCUGUUGCCUGUAACUGCUGUGCUAAUCUGCCUUUGAUGUAUUACUGCUGCCCUGGAGGUCUCAGCUUAAAGAAAUGCAGGUACUUACUAUGGAUCACAUACUGUGGGUAGCCAUUCUGUCCAAACGCUCUCUCUCCUAAGCCCUCACCUUAAAGAAAUGCAGGUACUUACUAUGGAUCACACACUGUGGGUAGCCAUUCUGUCCAAACGCUCUCUCUCCUAAGCCCUCAAAGGUGGGGACAACUAUGGCCCCAUUUUACAGAUAGGAAACUGAAGCAAAAGAAAUAACCAGUACAAAGCCAAAUAAUAGUGAACAGGAUGCGGACCUGGAGAGCUUCAUUCCAGGCAGGACUCACCCACCACAUGGUUUUGUUUCUGAGACCUGACUGCUUUCUGAUGGCCACGCAAAGCUGUGUAUAUACAGAAAGGCUGCAGGGCUGAGUUUAAAGUGGCAGCCUGGGUUCUGUCACAAAAGAAAGUUGAUGGUAAGUUGUCAACCAAGAAAUCCUAGACGAUAGGAAGAUAGUGGUUACUGGAGAACUGGAAAAGACCGCCUGGUAAAAGGGGGAAAUGAGGCCUAGUAAGAUUGCAUGGGAAGUGACCACAUCCCCAGGCUCCCGCUAUCCAUCUGUAUAAUCAGCUUGUCAGCACCUGUGCUGGGAAGAAAGUCUUCAUAGGUAAAGAAGGGAGGGUGAUUCCUGGCUCUGCCUGGUACUUGCUGUCUGUCAUAUCUGCUGUAAACACCGUGAUCUGCUUUCUGGGGUGUCAGCCUUUCUCGCCUAUCCAGCCCCAUUCGCUGUCUCGAAGCUUGCUCAGAAUGCUGGGGUGUUUUUACUGAUGCUGCUGAGAGUGACCCCCCAUGGAGCAGACCGCUAACCUUCAUGUACUCUCUCUAGUCUCUUGUUCUCUACUGGCUGUGCUCCAGUCUCAUGGGCCUCUCCCAGAAUCUGCUGCUCCGCUCCCCUGCAUUCCGCCAGCUUUGCCGGAUACCACCAACCAAGUCGGAUUCAGAGACCCCAUACAGAGACCUCUCUGCUGCC